AUGGAUGGUGAUCCUGCUGUCGAGCACCAGCUCGAUUCGUUUAGCCUGACCUUUCCGCUUCCCUACCGGAUUGCCUUCAUCGUCAUCUUGGCCGUCUGGGGAUGGGGGUUCAACCUCCACUUCCUCCACCUCCGCCGCAUCGAUGUGCCCGCCCUGAUACGCUACCCCGGCCGCUCGAGCUCUGCACAGCUAACACACCACCACUCGACCUACCGCCUCGCCUUGUUCCUCUCCCUCACCUCGACGGCCUCCAUCCUCACCUUUUGGCUUUUCACCCGCCGCGACCCGACCCGCGUGAUCGACUACGAUUGGCUGCCCAUGACCAACCUGCUCGUGCUGGCCGCGCUCUUCUCCAUCCCGCUUCGCCGCCUCUCCGUCUCCCACACGGGCCGCAGCCGCCUUCUGUGGACGCUGCGCCGGGUCAGCGUCGGCGGGCUGGCCGAGGCCAAGGACGGCAAGUUCGGCGACAUUCUGCUGGCCGACGUGCUCACGAGCUACGCCAAGAUCCUGGCCGACCUGUUUGUCUGCCUGUGCAUGUUCUUCUUCGGGGGCCGCGACGGUUCUGCCACGGCUAGGCCGGACCGCGGGUGCGGUGGCGCCGUGCUCGUCCCGCUCAUCAUGGCCGUGCCCAGCACCAUUCGGCUGCGCCAGUGUCUAAUCGAGUUUGUGCGCGUGCGCAAGGCCCCGUACCGCGAGGCUACCGGAUGGGGUGGUCAGCACCUGGCUAACGCAGCCAAGUACUCGACGGCGUUCCCCGUGAUUGUGCUCGGGGCCAUGUUGCGGGGCCAGAAGGACGGCUCGCCGGGGCUGUACAGGGCGUGGGUUGUUGCUUGUCUGCUCAACUCGUUCUACAGCUUCUACUGGGAUGUGGCUAAGGAUUGGGACUUGACGCUUUUCUCGAAGAACCGCGACUCGCCCGAGCAUCCGUUUGGGCUGCGGCGGACCCUGCUGGUGCACAAACCGGGGGUCUACUACGCUGUCAUUGUGCUGGAUCUUGUGCUGCGGUGCACGUGGAUGAUCAAGCUGAACUCGAGCAUGGAUCGCAUCAGCGACUUCGAGAGCUCCAUUUUCCUCAUUCAGUUUCUGGAGGUGUUUAGACGUUGGGUGUGGAUCUUUUUCCGGGUCGAGACGGAAUGGGUCCGGAAUUCGACAACAGGUUUGGGCAUGGAUGACAUGGUUUUGCUAGGGGACUACCAGGGUAACAAGUACGAGGACGAGGACUGA